UUGAAAAAAUAUAAUAUUCUUUUAAGUAAAAUGGUUUAACAAUUUUAAUGAUUGUCAACUAAAUAUAUUUUAAUAUAUGACACCCGUCGCAAUGUGCAUUGCACUAUUCACUCAUCAACAUUCAGUAAAAAAUUGCACGAAUUAUUUCGGGACUAAUCUCGGUCAUUCGGAUAUUUAAUAUUCCGAAACUGUUCGCUUGACAAUUAACACUCGCGUAUGGCGAUACCGCAUAAGUACUUUGAAAGUGCGUGACUUUCUCUGUUAUCGAUGAUCCUAACCUCGAGCGGAAUAAAUUUCGUUCAUAAGCGUGCUUGAGAUAUCUGUAAAAAUUGUGAAUGUGGCGCGGCGUUACGUAAAAUUCAUCAUUUCGUAAAGAAAUCGACUCCCUUUUUUCAUGAUAUUUUAGGAAAAUUGAUGCUUUGUUACGUAUCAUCUGAUUACGAUUCACAGGGUCGCUCGAUAGCGGUAUUCUGGAGAAAGUGUCCGUAUAAAAACGAUGUCGAUAGGAUGCGAUUCACGUCUCGUAUCAGCUGCUUCCGCAGUAUAUAUCUCCCCACGGGGUUUUCGGCGUCGUAAUGUCAUUGUGAUCUUCGUCGUGUUUCCGUAUAGUACUACGAACACUAUAAUUCUAAUCCCGAGAUAAUUCGUGCAAUGUUUUUGACAAUGUUGAAAUACGUGACUGUCUUCUGUGUAUUGUGUUAUCUUGUCACGGCAGAGCCACCGGUUCAAGGCGUAAAACCAACAAACGUAUUAGGCAGCUCGGAGCAACACACCUCGUUCAGUUUCAUCAGACCAGGAUUAACGCAAACAUCCUUUGCGUUUAGCGGACCGAGUUCCCAUCAAUCGUUCACCUCUAGUAUUGGCAAUCCGCAAUUGGCUCAGAAAGUUCUGCCGAGUUUAGCGCAAGCUCUUGCCUACAGAAAUCCUGCCUUAGGAUAUUAUCCAUUUGGUCAUGUGACGAACGGGUACAAUGGGAUCGUUCCAGCAUUUGCGGCACCUACAACUGGCCCAUUAACUUAUCAAGCUACCGUUGAUCCCGUUACUUCAUUAACAUAUGCACAGCAAUUGCAACAGCAGCAACCGCAGCAAACAUAUUUACACGCAUAUCAACCAAAUGCCAUUUAUCAGUCACAAUUGGCGCAAUUACUAGCUCUUAGGCAAGCGCAAUUAGCGCAAGCUCAACAGGGCCAGUUACAAACAGCAGUACAGUCAGAACAGGUGGAUGAAAAAUUGCAGUUACAGCAGCAACAAGAACAGCAAUCGGAACAGCCACAAAGUUUAUUGGGGGUUGCUUAUUCAGCUGCCCCAUCAGUAGCGCACGUAAAAGUCUCUGGAAACGGAUACAAGUUCAACUUUUGAUCCUGAUAUUUUAACCCUGUAUUUAUCGUAUUGUACAUUGUUAUUUGUCGUAUUGUACAUUAAUUGUUGUUAUUAAAAAACAGAACGUUCUUGUUUAUACGAUUUUUUUAAACAAAUAUAAAACAGUAACAGCAUCAGAUUGCUGUUUUUAUGAAAGUGUA